GGCCACGUCAAGAACCAAGUCACUGAAGUCAGCUUUGUGUCAGUCACGUGACAAAAUCCACCGCGACAAGCCAGCGGUUGCAAGUUCGAAGUGUCAACCGUAAAAAGGACACCUGUUUAUACUUGACUAUUUCACGAGAAAUUUCCACAAGCUUUGCGCUCGGGCUUUGUGAAGUAAAUUUGCUAUGAGCAAAGUAAACGACCAAACGAAUUUCCCACAGAGCGAAACACGCUUGCCGAUCAAACAGAACGCCGCCGCCAUCGAAUCAACAAAUGAAACGUCGAACGACACAAAGGGAACGAAAACGACACCUCAGAAACGGUCCGAUGCUUAUCGUGUGGCGUUUUACGGAAGUCAGAAGGAAAAAGAAGCAUAUAGGCAAAACAUAAGAUCGCAGCUGAAGGAACAAGUAAGAGAAAAAGACGAUCUACAACGUCAACAUUUGAUCGACAGGGUUGCCGAAAGCGACAAGGCUGUUGCUAGCGAUCGCAUGUCAAAACAGGAAGAUGAUGCCAUGAGAAAGAAAAAAGCGGAAUACCUCAAGCAAUUUAGCAACGGCAAUAAGAAGAUAAUGGAAGAAAAAGAAAUCUCCUCACGUAGAGUGAAAGAAGCGGAUGUAGAACUGGAAAGGAAGUUAUUGAACAUGAAUCCAAUCAAUUGGAACAUGACAUUACAUUAGCAAGAUUAUAGACGAGCUGCUAGACCAAGACAUUUUACAACAAUGUUUCAUCAAAACGCUUUAUAUUCGUCUGCAUUUCAUUUUUCUAAAACAAAUCUCAAGAUGAACAUAACCAUCGAUGAACACUGAAUUCGAUUCCUCUGUAAAUAUAUAGUCAUCCUUAGCUAACUACUAUUACAUAAAAAUUAUAAAAUUAUUAAGUGCACGAGAAAUAAUUUAACACAUUUACUCAGUUUUUGUUACAUAAACUCUGCACGCAUUGAAAACUUAUUUUUGAUUAAUAACAAAAUGAAA